CUGAAUGCGAGCUAAUUAGCAAAAUGAUUGACAGCAAGCCUAAAAGUAUUUUGGAAGCGUUGUUAGUUUUUUCAACUGGGUGAAACUCUGUUUCUAACUAAAUGUUAGAUAUUUGUACUACAUUGAAUAAAUAGGUGGUCAAAUCAACAUUUGAACAUUUCUCUAAACAGAGGAAGAAGCAUUCAAAUCGCUAACUGUAUACGCUGUCUAUGAUUUUUGUACUUGAUUUCCAUCAAAAUUUUCGAUGCGUUUAUUUCAAAUCCUUCAUAGUAAAAUUUAACAAUUGAAUCAAUACAAGAUGUUGAUGGAGGAGGUGUAUAAAUCAGAUGCGACAUCUGAGUUGCUCCUGAAAAAUCACGAACAGUUCGCAGUCCAGAUCGGAAUAUCAGCUCAAACUUUCCAUGUAUCAAUUAAACUAUGGCGAGCAGUCUACGAUCUGAACCCGGAACUAGAAUCAGACGCUACACAAUGGUUUGCUGCAAUAGUUCUAGUCUCAGUGCUGAAUUGCAGAGUCAAUUCUGAUGAUCGCUUAAAAGUGAAUGUCACGACACUGUUAAAGAAAAGUAGUAUGUCAGUUUUAAGUCUGCUGACGAAAUUGAAGCAUUUAAGGGAAAUUGUAUAUCUCAGCCAAAGAUCAAUUGACGGAAUUUUGGACUUUCAGCGAAGGUUUUGCGUGACUGCGGCAAUUUAUGACCGUUUCUCGCACGUCUAUGCGGAUGUUUUCAUUGUCGACAAUCGACCGAUUAAUGACGACUUGGAUCCGAAUUACGUUUACGACAUUCCGGAAUCGAAACAAGCUUGCUGGUUGCUUUUCCUUCUCGCUAAGGAUGAGAUUCCGAUAGCACAUACCGAGAUGUUUCUUUCGUUUCAAGUGUUACUCUGCGCUGUCGAUUUUGUAAUGCGAGCGACUCCAAAGUUUUUAUUACAGCCUGUCUUCGAGACGGCUCUUGAAAAAGAAGCGCAAACUAUUGAAGCAUUAGCCGAAAUCACUCCAGUGCUCAAAAUGUUAUGUAAUAAGUAUGGAUGCGAUACUUCCGAAAUGGUACACGUGAAAAAGAAACUCGACGCGACCUUUUUUGUAUCGUUUUCUCAGAAGCCCGUUAACAGCGAGAAGAAAAUCGACAGUGUUUUUCCGGGCGGUGAUUCAGUUUUGCCCAAUUCGAGUGAGUUGCACGGCAGGUAUUGGGAAGUUUUGGAUCGUUAUUUCGAACUGGACGAAACUCUAUUUCUGGCUGAAGAUCCCAUUCUCCUUCUCCAGGGAUCGGUCGGCUCGUCUAAUUACUCUGAAAACUCUUUAAAUAGAGAGCAACAUCAACUUGGUUUAGAUCACUCUGAGCUAUCAAGCGAGUCUGUAAAAAAUGCAAGUGUAAUGACUCAUUCUAUGAAAAACGAAUCUCAAGUUAAAGUCGAUGAAAUUUUUUCAAAGUUUGAGGAAGCAUUGACGACUUUGUUGCAUGAAAUUAUCGCCCAAUCUGAAAAUUAUUUUACCGAAUGUACAAUAGAUGAAAUAAAAAGCAACUCAAAACGGACUUUAACUCAGGUAGUUCUAAAACUAGCGGAUAGUAGUAACAAUGGUGAUGAAAGUUCUGAAACCACUAAUGAUGGUAGCAAUAUUUCACCUGAAAGGCUGGAAUGUUUGUUAGCAAUAUCGUCAAUAGCAACACUGGCAAAUUAUUUUAGCCUGCCUCCAGAAAAUCAGGAGACUCAAAUUGACGAUAAUAAUGCGAUGAGUGUCUUGAAAAUGUUUAACAUUCCAUUCGUAAAGUUUAUCUGUGAAAUUGACAAAAUCGAGGCAGCUGGUUGCCUUUUUUCGGUUCAAGUUUCAAGACUUAAGUUUCUUGAAGAGAGAAUUUUAGAAACGCAUUUGUACAGCGACGAUUCUUUUGUCCAAACUUUUAUGCAGUGGAAAAAUCUCGAAAGUCAAAGUUCUGCGAAAUCGAUCAAUCAACUUCAAUUAAGCUCAGAUGAAAUUUCCACAGUGUCUAAUAAAAUAUGCAGACUAGCCUAUAAGAGAGUUCAGCAGUUAUGUAAACUAUUGUCCGUACCUUCAGAACUUGAGGUUAAAAUUUGGGAAUGUCUCGAACAUUGCAUUUUUGAGCGAACGUUUCUCUUCCAAAAUCGACAUCUGGAUCAAAUUCUGAUGUGUUCUAUUUAUGCCAUCUGUAAAGUCUCAGACCAGGAGAGAAAGUUCAAAAGUAUAACUCAAGCGUACCGCAAGAUGCCGAGCACGGCAGCUGAAGUUUUCAAAAAAGCAAAAAUUUUCGACGAGGAUAAUUCUUUCGACUCGAUAAUAGCUUUCUACAAUAAAGUUUUCAUGCAGACGUUAAAAACAUUCAUACUUCAGUUCUCAAAACCGACAUCUAAUGAAGACACUUCGGAAAAACAAACGAGUGUAGCUAAUGUUUUGAAGCGAGUUAAUCCAAAUGUUUUGGCACGAAACGCUUUAAAUAAACCAGCUGUUCAUCAACCCCCAGCAAUCGCGACUUGCACGUCCAAAGCAAUACAAAUAGCCAAUACAGGUCCUAAGUACUGGCCAUCAGCAACUGGUGGCUUACCCUCUGAUACGACUUUACCCUUAAGGCAUAUGGCAUCUGCUAUUGUAGCAAAUCGUUCGUAUCAGCACACGACUAAAAAGUGGGCACGAAUGUUUCCGGGUCGCAAAACGGAACCGAGUACUCAUCUUCAAGGCUCGAAAGUUGUCGCGAGUGGCGAACAGCCGCCACCGCCGAAGGUUCAGUUUUUGAGUUCGGAUACGAGAGCGAAGAAAGUGCCGAACAGAGGCGAAGAGUCGUCGGAGUCCAGCGAGGACGAGGAGGAGGCAAGAGCGAACCAGGAUAUUUAUAACCGAAUUAUAAAUUCAGGACUCAGAUUUGGGAAAUAAACAAUUAUAAACAAACAAUUGAUUUUUUUAUUGUUUCGACCACUAAAGCGAGAAGAAAUUUUGCAUUUGGGUGUGAUUUUUCACACUCAAAUCCAGGUACCUUAAAUUAAUGUCAUGAGGUCGAAUGAUAUAUCUUAAUAAAACCCUUUUAGUCUUAGUUUGGGGCAGCAUUGAAACACUGAUAAACGUUUUCCUGCGGAGAAUAAAGGGCUUGAAAUUUUGCUUUUCAAAGUGGCUGCAAAUUUAGUCGCUGAGAGAUCACUUAUUGAGACAAUGAGUAAUACCCCAAGUUUU